AUGAAGCCUCAGGUGGUGUUUGUGUUGGGCGGCCCUGGCGCAGGCAAAGGGACCCAGUGCUCCAAAAUAAUAGAGAACUACACCUACACCCACCUGUCGGCUGGUGACCUGCUGAGGGCAGAGAGAGAGAGGCCGGACUCUGAGUAUGGGCAGCUUAUCGCAAACUACAUCAAAGAGGGAAAGAUUGUUCCUGUGACCAUCACAAUCAACCUCCUAAAGCAGGCAAUGGAAGAAACGAUGAAGAAAGAUGAGAAGAAAUUCAGAUUUCUUAUUGAUGGCUUUCCACGAAACGAGGACAAUCUACAAGGCUGGAAUUCAGUGAUGGAUGAAAAAGCAGAUGUCAAAUUUGUGCUUUUCUUUGAUUGUAGCAAUGAGGUCUGCAUUAAUCGAUGUCUAGAACGAGGGAAGAGCAGCGGACGCACUGACGACAACAGAGAGAGUUUGCAGAAAAGAAUCCAAACCUACUUACAGUCCACACGUCCCAUCAUCGAUCUGUACCAAUCGCAGGGAAAGGUGCGCACAGUGGACGCCUCUCGCGGGGUUGAUGAGGUGUUUGCUGACGUGAAGGCCAUCUUGGACAAAGAAGGUUGA